CCUUCACAGGCUGUGUAAGAUUCAAGACCUGAAAAAAUGGCAUUGGCAGCAAUUGAUCCACAGCAGAACAUUGUAUCAAGGGUUGUCAACCUUCCCUUGGUGAGCUCCACCUAUGAUAUGGUGUCCACAGCUUAUGUCACCACAAAGGAUAACCAUCCUUAUCUGAAGUCAGUAUGUGAGAUAGCAGAGAAAGGAGUGAAGACGAUUACUUCGGUAGCCGUGACAAGUGCUAUGCCUAUCAUCCAGAAACUGGAACCACAAAUUGUAGUUGCCAACAACUAUGCAUGUAUAGGUCUAGACAAAAUUGAAGAGAGACUGCCUAUACUGAAUCAACCCACUGACAAGGUUGUCGCCAAUGCCAAGGAUGUAGUUGUUGGAGCCAAAGAAGCUGUAACAACCUCUGUGACUGGUGCCAAGGAAACUGUUGCUCACACAAUCACUGGAGUUGUGGGCAAGACUAAAGAAGCAAUGCAAGACAGUGUAGAAAUGACCAAGUCAGUUGUCAAUGGCAGCAUUAACACUGUCCUGGGAAGUCGUGUGGUGCAAAUGGUGAGCAGUGGAGUGGACAGUGCUCUCACUAAAUCAGAGACCCUUGUAGACCAGUAUCUCCCACUUACUGAAGCAGAACUAGAGAAAGAAGCUGCAAAAGUUGAAGGUUUUGAAGUUGGAGUUCAAAAGCCAAGCUACUACAUCAGACUAGGAUCCCUGUCUUCAAAGGUCCGCACACGUGCCUACCAACAAGCCUUAAACAAAGUUAGAGAUGCUAAACAGAAAAGCCAGGAGACAAUCUCUCAGCUCCACCACACUGUUAGUCUGAUCGAGUAUGCCAGAAAGAACAUGAGUAGUGCCAAUCAGAAACUUCUUGAUGCUCAGGAAAAGCUUUAUCAAUCCUGGGUAGAAUGGAAGAAAAAUACAGGCCAAAAUGAUGAUGAACUGCAUAGCGCUGAGCACAUUGAGUCAAGAACUCUAGCUAUUGCACGGAGCCUCACUCAGCAGCUUCAGACCACCUGCCUCACACUGGUCUCAAGCCUACAGGGCCUGCCACAGAAUGUGCAGGAUCAGGUUUACAGUGUUGGGUCAAUGGCAGGUGAUGUCUACCAGAGCUUUCGGUCAGCAUCCUCCUUCCAAGAAUUAUCAGACAGCUUUCUUACCACUAGCAAAGGACAGCUGAAGAAAAUGAAGGAGUCUCUGGAUGAUGUGAUGGAUUAUCUUGUUAACAACACACCACUCAACUGGCUGGUUCCAGAUUUCACUAUUACAGACCUGUCUUCAGAGUCAGAUGAUAUCCCAGAUAUUUUGGAUUUGGAUGAAGAUGAUCAACAAGAUUUUUCACGCACAAAUGGCCCUUACACUACAGGGCAAAGAGCUGAAUAAAGAGAAGCAUAAAAAUGUCUUUUUCAUGCAAUGUACUUUUGCCAUGCUUAACUUGUAUUUCUCCUUUUUAAAGAUGAACCUGACUAGCUUAGAGAUUAUGGGGAUAUUUUUUUUUAAAUAACUACUGUUUUACUUAGCUGCAUCAAAAUUCUGGGUUUUUUUUUCCACCUAAUGAAUGUGUGCUAUAUUAAUUCAUUAGCCCGGGUGUCACGCUCCCACUCUACAAGCCAGGUAUAGCCUAACCAGUAUAUGCAACUGAUCUAAUCUUUGUUAAUGAUUUGUUCUCUCACUGGCAGCAGCCACAAGAACACUCUAGUGCUUUGCGUAAAGGGCUGCCAACAAAAAGAGUUGAUGAGGAUUUGCCCACAAAAUUUUUCCUUUCAGUCUCCAGGAAAGGCACUUCUGCAUCUACCUCUUUGCUGCUGG